AUGCUGACAUCCCCCAACACGAAAAAGGUUCGCCUGCAGGCCAACGCUAGUCCUUGCCUGCAGUGUGCAUGGGCGGGAGUGGCGGACGAAUGCCGCUACAAGCACAAGACUCAGAGCUGCGAGCGCUGCCUCGAUUUGAAGAACGUCCUCCAGUGCAGCGGGGUCAAAGGCCUCUACGCAGAUCGUCCCGAUCUUGACAUGCCUACGCUGGUGCGCGACAUCUACCAGUCCAUGGGGCAUUACAACACGAGCCUCAAGAGCGUCGACAAACGCCUCCAGGCCAUCGAGAAAGCCCUCUUCACCACCGACGCCUCCCCAGAUGCGGAGGGGAGUGCAGCCGAAGAAGACGAAUUGGAGGGGGAAGGCGGCGAUCACGACGGCGACGAGGUGCCAGAGGACGCAUCGGGUUCCCAGGGCGAGGAGGUCGUGGAGAUCGAGGAGGCGCAGGAGGUCGAGGAGGAUGAGGAGGUCGAGGAGGCGCAGGAGGACGAGGAGGACGAGGAGGCGCAGGAGGAUCAGGAGGACGAGGAGGUGAAGGAGGAUCAGGAGGACGAGGAGGAUGAGGAGGAUGAGGAGGAUGAGGAGGAUGAGGAGUUCCAGCCCUCCUCGGACGAGAAGGACAUCACAACCCGUAUCGACCAUCGGUACCUUGGCAAGAUGAUCGCGUCGAACAUGUGGAGCAAGGUUGGGAUCAGUGCGGGGAAGAAGGUCGCUGAUAAGAAGGUCGCUGAGAAGAAGGCAGUCCAGCCUGCCAAGAAGGUGGUGAAGAAGACCCCCACCCCGAAAAACGCCAACAUCAAGAGCGUAGGCACAGUAGCGGUCGUCAUCAACCCCAAGGCCAAACCCGUGGACACCAAGGGUAAGGCCAAGGCCAACGACGUCAAGGUGAAGGCCGCAGAUGUCAAGGGGAAGGGGAAGGCACUCCCUGCGGGUUCCUCCACGGACAGGCUUAAGAAGCGUAAACCGGUACGGCUCCUUCAUCUGCUAGCGUGA